CUUCUUACAAAAUCGUCUUCUGUCGGCACAAAUGGCUUCAUCUUUGGCUUCUCCUUCGGUUACUGCUUCGGUUUCUACUUCAGAAGAUCUACAGGUCCCUUUUGUGUACGCUUUCAAGGAUAUUCAACACCGUGCAUUAAGGUUGGAAGGAGAGGAAAAAGAGUUUUGGUUUGUUGUAAAUGGCGUGCCCAUCAGAUACUCGAUCCAGGAACAUGCCAUUAUCUCCGACUUAAAUUUUAACAACUAUUCGGAGGACUGGACUAAAUGUAAGGGAAGUGAAUUUCGGAAAAGAAUAUUCGGAACUUCAAAAGUUACCAUAGAAGCUGCAUUAAAGAAGUUGCGCGAAACUCCACAUGCAAAUGUGGAAGAAAGAAAGAGAUUAGCAAUAAUUGUAUUGUUUUAAACAGUGAUUUGGUGGACAUGGUCGAAAGUCUGG